AUGUCCAUAUGUACGCGUGUGAUCUUUUCAUCAGUGAUCUGCUUCCCAAGUUCCUUCCAGUUGAAGUCAGACAGCGUAGCUACUAAGCCGAGCAAGUACCCGGAUGUCCCGCAGAUGGUCAUUCCAGGCUAUCAUCCGGAGGGUGGCUGCCGCAACGGGUCCUCCGUGCCGCCGCUACAACGGUGUUGGCCAGAUGGUGCCUUCGUAGUGGGGGUGGCGGGUGACGGCAACCGCAUUGACCCGUCCUCAGACCAGUCCGUCCCCACCAACACAGUGUUCUAUCUUCGAAGUGUCACCCUCCUGUGCGAACACAUCGUGAGCAUCGCGUGCCUCAAAGAGGACCAGGCUGAGCUCCAGGUCUGCUAUCAGGAAACCAGGCGCCAGUUUGAGAAUGCCACGUCUUUCUUAGACGAUUACCGACCAGAUCCGCAGCCUGAGCAGCCUGGUAACAGCAGUAAUAGCCGCCAGCACCAUCGUGCAGUAGUGGUGGGGCCUGCAGUUGCAGCGCCAUCGCCACCAAUACCCCUCUAUCUGUCAGUGCCAACGACGCCUUACGACUCCAACUUUGACGCGCUCUGA